AUGGCGACUCAAACGAGGGUCUCAGGCCAAGGGAAAGACUACUUUGGAAGUUGGCGGCUCCAGAAAGUGCAUUUACCAGAAGUUGAUACAUGCUCUGACGGCUCGGCCCGUACGGUUGAUGAAGCUUUGGACCUUGAGGCGCUGGAUUAUAUGGCAGCUACUGCUACUCAGAUUACCGCUUGUGUGCAGCAAUUGCGGUGUGUCUUUCUUCUCGUUACAAAUUUCGGAUGA